AUGCUUCAAAGACUGCAUAACGACAUGGUUGACGAGAACGUGGGAAAGCUGGAGAGGAAGAGGAGCAAGAGGCAGCGUGUGCUGCGCUUCUUCACUGCAUGGAAGCAGAAGCAGCCGCAUGAGGUGUCUACACUGUCCAAGGACUCGCAACCACUGUCACGCCAGGUCCCCGCCAUAUCUUCCAUAUCCGCUCCAGAGCCAGUGGCCAGUCCAGUCCAGCAUGGCAGGAUGCCUUCCGUCAAGGAGGGGAAGCAGGAGCGUGUAGUGACACCGCCGCCCCAAGAGACGGUAGAAGAAAAGGCCGAGCCCCUCAGUGAGAGUCAACUGCGCUCCCUCUUCGCUGGAGCCCCGCGCUUUGGCCUCACAAAGACCGACAGUCGCUCCACACCCACCGUUGCAUAUCCCUGGAACACUGAGCCCACCACCAAGCAUGCCACCGACUCAGCACCACUGGCCGAGCCCGCCUUCUCAGCUGCGACCCUGCAGAAGCAUCUGCCCAAGACCGAGCAGGUCCCGGGAGCCUCAAAACAAUACAAUGGCUACGGAGUGGACGUCGUGGAACUGCCCAACAUGCUUGGCGCACAGGGUAUCGAGGCAGGCACCAUUGGCUUCUCGCAUUUCCUAGAAUUGCCCAAUUCCGACGUCCUUGUCAACGCGUCAGAACAGUCUCAGUCAGGCAAUGGUUAUCUCAGCACGAGCACAAACAAAGACGUUAUGCAGGCGAACCCCGAGCGCCUAGGCAUACGUCCAGUCGAACUAGGCCUCAUCUACGACCGCUUGCUCGAGUUCCAGGAUCUUUACGAAACCUUCCACGACAGUCCCGAGCCAAUGACUAUCCUCAACAACCAAAGCUCUGGAGAUCUCUAUGCGAACUUGUUCACCAAAUUUCUCACUCCUCCCGGCUAUGACGAUUCCACCGAAGACCCUACAGGACUACAAACACAAAUCGCGGCACUGCUCAGGGUUCUGGCAUUGGAAGGCGUCUGGUAUGACUUCAGUCUUGUCGAAUGGAGGAUCAGACUGGGACAGAUUCUGUGGAACGAGCCUGAGCCCACCUCCGACUUCGAGUCACGACCCCUGUGGGCCGAGCGGGAGAUACUGCUGCUACAGAUUACCCUCGCCUGUGAGCUCCUACUUCGACUCGAUGCCUUCACAAACGCCGACGCGUCCAAUGCCGGUCUGCGACAGCAAAUCAAUCCCAAGGACAUGGAAGCAGUUCUCCAGAUGAAGACCACCAAGAUCGACUGGGAUCUGAUCCUGGCACGGAGGUUCUUGGACAACAUUCUCAUCAUGAGAGGCAGCGAUAUACAAGAAUCGCCGCAACCAAGGUCUCGCGGUUUCUUAUCACUGUUGGCGCAGGGCAUUCACCCUGGACUGCCACAAUCGGACCUCAUCCUGCUCCCACAGCAUCAGGCACGGCAAUUCUCAGGGCUGCUUCACUUCGCAAACACUAUACAGUGGCCUAAUAUUGACGUCGUUUCGACCGAUCUAGCCCGUAAACUGGGAGCACAAGACGACUCCACGGAAGGUAACACUCCGUCCUCGCCUAGUAUAAGGCCGUUUGACUCAAACACUCCUUCUGGAAUCAGUGUGUACGGAACGCCGCUGGAAACACCACUCCCGGCUGGACAUCAGUUAGACAGCUACUUUGGACAUGUCGGGAAGCCCUCUCUUCAUCGCAACAACUCUCGUGCUCUGCGUAUGCCCUUAUCCCCGAUGGCGACGCUUCCGGAAACAAAGUCAAAAUCCAGUCUGAACAACGUUGGUGGAUGGCUUAGUCGAUCAUACCUGGCCGGACUUGUGCUACCUGGAGAAGCCAUCUCGCAUUUUCUCAUGUCCACGCUACUUGAGAACGAUAGCACUGCAAUUGCAAAUCUUGGCGACUCUGCUAAUCUGUACGGUGGCUUUACCUUCGGCGGCAGAACAUUCUGGAGCAGGAACUCUGUCGUUGGCCGGACCCUGGCCUGUGUCAAGGGCUCUACAGAGUGCAUGGGGUGGGUAUCCUGUCCAAAGCUACCGGAAAACGGCGGCGAGCGAUGGUAUUCGAUCCACAGCGAGGUUCUUUCAAACACCAACCGGUUGCGAGUAAGAGACGGCUCUGAUCUGGUCACUCAGGACUCAGCUAUUGUUCCUGGAUAUGCUUUGGACACCGUCAAGUCAGAGGACUUUGUGCUACCUCGAGACCUCGACCCGAUACCAACCUCUUCUCUUGCCUUUUCCCAAUGGGAGCUCGUUCCGAUGAACGUGGACCUCAUCGAUGGAGACAACUGGUCUGGGCCACAGACCGAAAGCGACGUCCAUGCUCCAUCUAUGACGUUUAUCCUAGGCGAUGCAGCGACUAAUCACACCAUCACGCUUACCUACGAUGUCCAGUUCGUUACAUCUUGGCCGUGUACUACACCUGCUUCUGCGCUUUCCCAACUCGGGCACCGACCUAAAGUCAUGAGACGUUCAGUCACUGGGACACUGUCGAGAUCUUCAUCAAAACACACAAUGUCACGCCGAAACAGCCAUGGUUUCGAGCCACUGCUAUCUCAUCCCCCUGAUGCUGAGGACCUUACCCCAAAGCGCAUGUACGAUCCGCCAGAGACGGAGGCCGACGCACUUGCGACAAUAAGCAAGCCCAUGAACAUACAUCCCCUACACAGUUCCUAUUCGCAUCAGGUUGUGCCAGUCACCGACGUCCUGGAUCCUAAAUUUGUACUUCCGUUUGCGCUACACACAUCCAAGUCUUCGGAACGUUUGCUUAGGCUGUCCAAUAGCAAGGAUAGCGAUGAGGAAACGAUCAAGAACAACAAGAAGGCGGUGCUUGUGCUAGACGCUCGGUCUUCACCAGAUCUUGAGUUGCUCGCACGAGCUUGGUGUGCUGAGAACGGACUUCAUGCCAUCAUCAGUCGCGUUGAGCGCACAUGCUUAGGCUGUUCUAUCCGCGAGGCUCGAGGUCUAGGGAUCAACAUUGUCAUCCGCGUAUGA